UUCACUCUUUCUAGAAUAGAAACCCUCCUGAGUUUUCUGUCAUACGCCUUGGUGGCUUUAAUACCCUUUAAUUUGCUUGGCGAUUUCAGAGCUUUUUGGAUUAAGUAUGCAAAUAUUAUGAAGUUUCCUAAGAAGUUCAAGAGUACAUAUAUAUUCUAAGUUGUAGAAUAGGUUAUAAAUACGUUAUAGUAUAAUAGUGAAUAUAUGAAAGAUCAUAUAUAUGUUAUAGUUAAGCUAUAGGGAUUUUGAAUGUACUGUAGUUUAAAAUUUCAAGGUGCAUGUUUUAUAGCAAAAGAGACUGAUACAAAUUGUACUGUUCUCUUCCCGAUGAUCAUAAAAUUACUCGAAACCUUCGCAUUCAACGUCGAUCGAAACACUUCCUAAUUCGCUGAAUGAGUCAAAUGGUAAAUUCGUAUUGUUGUUUCUAUAUGCAUGUAUUCGUGUAUCAUGCAAGCUUGCUUUUGUCAAUGAAGACUCUCGCAUGUACAGAAAACUCCCACUAAGAAAGACAUCACAGGUGUUAUCGGUAUUAGAAGUUGAACUUUGCUAAUGAGACGGCUGCUCUGGUGCCUAAUAGGACUCUGCAAUAUCAGUAAGGAUAGAAUUCAUCAAAUGUUUUGUCUCUGGGAACCAAGUAAACCGCGGUCAUUGCAAGAAGUGUAGGUUUACAAUGGAGUGCCUGUAAAGUGUGACUUAAGUGAAGUCUCUUUCAAGUAUCUUUCGAAAAGAAAUUCAUACCAUGAAAGGUCGGCAUCUUUCACGACUUUUGGCUGUUGUCUCGAGAGUUACAAGUAGCUAAGAGCGGCGAAGGAACCGAAGCGGAAAAGGACCAAUACCAACUGUAGCAGCCGGGUUAUAUGUCAUCUAAAAACAACCGCUAAUCGCCUCGUUCAUUUCAAAUUGUGCUGAGUAAUGCUCCCUACGGUAGGGUCAUUUUAUACGUUCGAAACUCUUCCGUGUAGGAGUUGUUCGGACAAAAGGCUGGAACUCGACACAACAUAUGGAAACAAAGAGCCACCAGUGAUAACAGGAAUUUGUCUGUGCUAUUAUGUAAAAUCGUGUUCGUGUUAGAACUCAACCAUGACUAAAAUUAUCAAUAACACCACGAAAAUUUAUUUAUCGUUAUUAAGAAUUCAACAUGUACAAGUUAUUAAAGUUAUGGAAAGUCGAGAUUGUGACAAACAAGACUAUUCACAGAAAGGCGCGUUUUCUAGUUUGUACCUUCCCUUAAAAAAUACGAUACGUAGAUUUUGCAAGAAAUCUUUGAAUGCUAUUUAUUCUUUUGAGUAAAUGGAGUGUUCAGGCAGUUUAAUUCAGUUUUUUUCUGAAAGAACUAGGCGUAUGAAUGGAAUAAGCAGCUUUCUUGACGUGCAAUUCAAGCGAAGCAUCGUGAUAUUCAUCGGUUAUGCUUAAGAGUACCACGCGCUUUCAUUAGGAUGUUUUGUUGGACUUCUUUAUAAGUGCAUUCACUUGGCGGUUUUCCUUCGACAUGACAAAAAUAAUGGGUCAUUCAAGCCUCAAAACAAUCCUUCAAGAAAGUUAAUAACACUUAAAUGUGGGCGGUUGAAAAUCGCUGAAUCAUUUCUCGUAAAGGAGACUCGACAAUUUUGGUCACGGUAAAUGAGUUUGAAGAGUUGUUUUGAUGAAAUGGUUCCGACUAUAUUUCGAGAAUUCUUGUCCAAAUUUUGGAUUUUAGAAAAACUUCUUAGGAUUCUUCGUACCACCUUUUUACCUCUAAUGACUGAAGACACAAAUGCACUCAUUCUCCAAGGCGACAGGUUUUGUUGAUGUUUUUCUUGUGAGUAACGUAUUUGCAUAAUUGAUAUCACACGACAACAUAGGUCAAAUAUGAAGGUGCGCUGAUACCGAGAGACAGUGCUUGAUAUUAUGUUUAUAACCACUAUGGUAUAAAUAGCGUGACUAUCGCCUGAAAAAAAAGAGACUGACAACAAAGUUCCUUCAGCAUAGAAUCUAAGUUCCUAUGUCUAAAUUGCACAAAAAUGUCUCAAUACUUUUUAUCCAUCUUUUUAUUAGUGAAACUCGAGGGAGAAGAACAUAAAAUUUUGCCCUAUUUAUGUUUUUAUAUACUGGAAUCGUUACGAUCUUCGUUCUUCUAUAAGUUCUCCAAAGACGUUUUCCAGUUCUUCAUGCACUUGAAAGGACCAUAGUUAUUAUGAAAGGACCAAAGAUGAUCUAAAAGAAUUUGCAUGACCAUGUAGCUUGCACUCGUGAAAAAAAUCAAUUGUGAUGGGAUCAACAAAAAGGUAUUUAUAAAUCAAUUAUUAAGAAGAUUUAUUAAUUCGGGGCGAAGGGUCAUGAAGACUUGAUUGUGGUUGAUGGUCUAGUGCUUCGACAAAUAGUUCGAUUAUACAAGGAUGGAAAACUAUGCAAAAAGAUAAGACUUUUCAUAGUCAUAUGAAUUAGUUAUCAGGAGCUGUAUAUUCAGUUGCGUUAAUCAUUUAAUUAUAUUUCGCCCCUUGGGUGUAACAACUUCAGUGCAUGUCACGGAAUGGCCUAUAUUUAACAUUUAACGUCCAUUUUCUUCGUUCGACGCCGGUUCGUGACCCCGUGCAAUCUCUCUCCAACUACCUUUGUUUUCGGGGGUUUAGCAAGAACCUACUUUAGUUGUUUUUCUACCUCAGUAAACUAUGAUUUGGAAUUCUCCCUGGUUUCAAAAGGUAGUUUUGUACAUCACAAAAGGAUUUAACACUAUCUGUAUAUCGUGACUGAGGUCUUGCAGUCACAGGUAUUGUAUUGAAGGGGCAGCAUCUUGAGUAUGACUUACGAAGAUAAUAAUUGUAAUAAUAAUAAUAAUGCAGCUGCAUUUAGCCACAUUAAUGGAGACCUAAUAGUAAUUGUCUAGUUUUGUUUCGAUAACUGAACCAACGUAGAAAAUAUCGAAGGAGUGGUACCAUGGGUUAGGUAAGGGUUGCUGCAAUAACUAUACCAGUGCAGACAUUAUGGAAGCAGUCUUAUCAGGGGUCAGGCAUAGUCGUGGUUUUGAUUUCAAAAUGGAAAAGUCCGGCAGACUAUUUCAUACCGCGCACUCUUGCCUUGAAAAAAUUUCCAGCAACUAGUAAGUAAUCAUCCCUUGCUCUCCAGUGAUCAAUUCGAGUAACAUCAUCUAAUGCGUAACGUUGGUGUUUGAUGUGCAUUUCUUGUACGAGGUAAGGUUCUUAGUCAUGGUUUUAGCACCGUUUGGACCUAAAAAGACAAAGCAGCAAAAUUGCCGUGAUAGUGCUCGUUUUUAAGUUGAGUUCAAUUCAGGUUUUAAGUGCUUUUUAACUAGCAAUCCUAAUAGAUUUUCUUUCAAAAAUUCUAUCAGUUCAGUAAUGGAUGUCAAUACUGUGCUUGGUGUCGGAGAGGAGUCAAAGCCAAGUCAGUUCUUUACGCUUCAACUCGGAAAAGGAAAGAAAAGGUGUUUGGGGGCUAUUUUUAAAUUUUAAGAUAUUAUAGGAAUGUUCGUCAAAAUAUAAUCUUUAUCCUGAUUUAUUGCGACACUAAAUUGUGUCUGAGUGAUCACCAAGUUUCUAUUUAGAAUGCUACAUGUAUGAACCUGAUGGCCAUGCAUAAAGUACUGUAGUUCUCUAACAGAUUAAUGAAAACUAUUUCAAUAAAAAUCGGUAAUUGCUCUUUUUUACAUCAUUUCCAACCAAAUACAUAACUUAACUUGACCCUUGCUUAGUGAAAUUUAAGCGAAAGGGAAUUGUUCUUAAAGUGAAUCUUAUGUACUAUGCCUGCCAAAAAAGCUACGUCAAUCUACAAUAUCCAAGCUUAAAGCUAAUAAAACAACUCCGACCUAAAAUGCCUAGAAUACCGGUACUUCAUAUUAUAUAUUGCCCAAGCAAACUAACAGAUGUUUUCCUAUUGACGUAAACGUCCGAGAUCGGUUACUUUUAUCUCUAGACAAAGAGCAACAAUAGCAAAGUUAUAUUGAACCGUGUGUCAGUUCAACGCAGUCAUUAAAAUCUACCCCGAUAUUAAACAACAAGAGUAUGCAAAUCACAUGGAUUCUGUCCAGAGACAGUGUCAACAUGAUAUUUUACUUAGUACCGCCGGGACGAAGAUAGUAGAUGUUUACGGUGCAUAACGCCCUUAGCAAUGUAAGCAAGCACACAAUCGAGGAACCAAGGUUCUCGGUUAGCAACUUUUUCAGCAAAUGCAACAGAGAAGAUAUUUGUCUUGGAUUCCAAAGAACCUGGAACUAAGGCAAGUCAUAGUCAUGUGAUAGCUUCGGAUUUUCUAGUGACACCUAUUUGCUUAAUUUCUUUCUUAGUUUGCAGAAUGAUUCUUAGAACUUUUGUGCCUUAUGUUUCAAAACGGUUGCUUAAUGCUUAAUGGUUAAUUUGCAGAACGUUUCAGUUUUUGUACACUGAUUUUGAGCUUGCUUGUUUUACUACUCCGCGCGAAUUCAGUGCAGUCUUCUUUGACCGUCUACCGUUUAGCGAGUAAUUUAAAGCAUGUGCUUAAAACACUUGUUAUUUUUCAUGUGAAUUUUGCAAGAUUACAUUUUGUCAAUAGCAUUGUAGAAGAUGUAACGAGGUUCCCAGUUGAAUAAUAUCUCUAUAAUCAGACCCGUUGCCGACACAAUUGCGUAUAAGUCAGUCCCUCUUCUAUGCUCAAACCGCAGAGAUUUCUACGUCAAUGUGUCGAACGCAAAGUAAUGGUAAAAUAUUUUCUUCACAAAAGGGGCCUAAAACCGAAUUGCUUCAAAACAAACACAAAUCCUGGAUGUCGAGUUCAAUAAAAUCAAAGUGUCAGGAAUGCAGCAUGUUCCGCCGGUCUCAGCUGAGCCAAUAUCGUUAAGGUCUCAAAUCAACAUAACAGGGCAAAUUCUGAAGUUCACACCACAUAAGAAUCCAAAAUCGACAUCCAUACCCUCGAAGCUGCUUUAUACAUUUUGUUUCGUUCUUGCUGGAAAAAUUUGGUAUUCAGUAAUGCGUUUUAUUGAUCAAUUCAUUCAUUUUCUUAAAUUUCCCUUGUGAAUUUAUUACAAAGAGAUAAUGAAUAGUUAAGGAUUAAUCACCCUGGAUUAAGGAAUGACCCUGGGGCGUUUUAUUUGGCUGAGAAUAAAUUAAUUUCGCGUAAAGAAGCCGGAGUGAACAUUGCACAGGAAAAUUACUCUUGCGAUAUUUAAGUGAACAAAUAAAUCAAAGUUCAGUUAGAAGUUCGGGACUCUCCUUGAAAACCACAAUUUGGUGUCUAAGUUAUGAGAUCAAAAGAACGGUUCACCAAUGAGAAAUUGUCUCGAUGCGUGAAUAUACUCUCUCAGCUCUAGUAGAGGAAAUAUGUGGAAGUCGAUAAGGAGAAUUUGUACAUUGAAAUCUGUGAGGAAUGCUGUGGUUUUCACUUAGAAUAUAGCCAGGACAAGGUGCUAGUUAUGAUUCACCGGGAACGAUGAAAACAAAACACAUAGUUGUUUUAGCCUAAUGACAAAUGUCGUAUCGACUUACUGGUUCCCGGCGAGAGUGUGUUAUUGAUGUGAUAUUGCCCGCCUGGAAUUCACUGACGCUUUCAUCUACAAAGAAAAGAAAACCACUCAAGAAAAUAAUAGAAGAAAUUCGCUGACAAGAAUGUGGAUUCAUUUGAAAAGGAAAGAGACUAAAUGAAUGUUUAAAAGUAAAGUGAUCGGUUGUACAAUCACGUUUUUGAAGCUAUCAUUUUUUUUUAGUAGUUUUAAACCUUCAGUAUGGGGAAAUUUUUGCAUAAAGCUAAUGGGCAUGAAAUUGUGAGUCAAGAAGGCAAUAUAUUUAUUUUCUCAGGAAGGUUUUCUUGCCAGUAAUGGUGCAAAAGGGGUAAAGGGCAGAGGGCACAUAGAUUUUUUUUCUUGUUGUUGUUGUUGUUUUUUUUCUUUCAACGUAAAUCCGUUUUAAACCGGACGCGGGGUGGGGGCGUCUGCUGGUUACGUAGUGUACAGGAUAUUGUUCGGAUAUCAAAGUGGUUUUCAGUUUUCACGUAAAAAGAAACUAGACCCCACGGCGAUACUUUCCUUGUUCAGUGAGGCAAGAAUGCCUGAACAGAGAACUCAAAUGCUGGUAAGAAAUACGCUGAAAAGUUUUUCUUCGAAAUGCCCAAACGGAAAAUUAUUCAUUCCUUUGAAAAGAGUUUUGUAGUGUAAUUUGGAUUGUGUUUUUCAUUUCACGUCAAUCCUUGUCACUUCCUAAGGAUGACUUAAAAAUGACUCGCAAGAAAACAUUUUCUCUCUAGGACAACGAAGGUUUCGCUGAAAUUGACACAAUCCCUGCAGGUUUAUUAUACAAGGAAAUCUCUAAAAAUCAACAUUAAUAACCAGCCUUCUUGAUUUUAUCCGUUUUUAUUUUCAAAUGAUACCUUUCCGGAACAUGCUUAAAAGCAUACACGCCCACGGAAAGAAGUGGAGAUCAAAGAGCAAAAAAAAAAAAAAGAAAGAAAGUGUCACUAUUGAGACAAGGGGCAAACAAAUAAACGCUGUAAACUUAUGCAAAAUUGUAACAAAAAACAGCAGUGUUUUUAUGGUCGUGUGUAGGCAGUGCCCAAACGACAUUUGAUGCAAUAACAAAUUAGAUAUAACGACUGUAUUCAUGCUGUAAACACACUUUGUAGUUAAAAUAACUUAAGCACGUGAGCUGUGCGAGACGGCGACGCCAAGGACGACCAUAGCAAAUCAUAAACUCAGACUACACCAUGGAAUUCCGUAGCUAGAUGGAUCUGUUCAGUACGUGUAUCGGUCUUAAAACUUGCGCAAGCUCAAGUAAUAAAGGCGUCCAAUUUUCUAAACGGAAAUACGAAAAAUUAUUCGAAGUAGUUAAUGGUCAUUUCACUUCUUUGAUUCGCGGAGGAUGGCCAAGAAAUGUUCCAAAGUUUAUAACGCACGUGCAUAGCUCUUGUUCUGCUCAAAUGACCUUUUGUUUGGUGACUGGUGUAAGGUUCAGAAUACAGUCUUGGUUUUCUCAAAGCUCCCUAUACAUCAUUUACUGCAAGCUUCGCUUUCAAUAAGUGGAAACUUUUGUUACUUUUUUCUUAAUCUGUCAGUUUUUCAAUCUUGUAUAUAAAGUUGGAACUUCUUAAGAGUACGUUCAAAAAGAACGACUAGUUUACCAUUCAGUAUUUAUUGCAUUCACUGGGCUUCCCUCAGCUGCAUUAUAUUUAUAACGAGGUCUCUUUUUAUGUUCCUUGAUGAAAAGAAACAAGGAAAUUAUCGAAACACUACAAAAUCUGCAGCUAAUCUUCUUGAGCUAUCAACGAUUUAGCAGCUUAGCUACGAAAAGGCGUCUUCUAAUGGCAUUAAUCCUUGAAAACCCGAAAAAUAAGAAUUCUAAAAGUGCAUUAGGAACGAUUUAGCAGCUUAGGUACGACAAGUCCGUUCUAACGGUACUUACUCCUUGAAAAUCCGCAAAAUGAGAAUUCUAAAAAUGCAUUAGGUUAUCAGUUGAUGUCUUUAUUCUAAAUCAUAUUGAAUAUUAUAAUUUCAAAGCUUGCACAAAACCAUGUUAUCGACGCGAAAUUAAAAAUGUUAUCCGGUAAGGACCGACAAAGCAGUCCGCUCAUUGAUUCAUAUCCUUUUGCCAUCCCUAACAUAAAUUAUAAGGACUCAUUCGCUUUGCUGUGGUUUUCUUUAUUAUCCUUGGAGUAAUUUAACUUCGUUUGCAGCGCCGCCGUGGUCGCUAAGUAUGAUUUGACAAAAUGAGAAGGAGAAAUCAUAUCAACCUAACAGGAAAUCCUUUCACGGCCAUUAAACUACGCAAAUCUCUUGAAUGGGAUUCUUUUGUAUAAAGCUAAGCCGCAGGCUGAUGAGUUGGCUAAUGUAACUGUCAGUCGGAAGAAACAAUGAGAACACUUAUACAUUUAUUCUGAUACAUGAAUCAAAAGAUACUUAUCAGCUGAAAGAGUCACAUCAGGGUCGCACUCAGAGUCACGUCCAAUAUCUUGUUAGUGUUAUGAAAAAAUAACUCUUCGCCGACGGCGAAGAUUCGGGGCCGCAGUUACGAAGAUAAGCAAGACUGGUAAACUAUUCCACAAGGCAACCAGAGAGUGAGAAUCAAGGAUCAAUAAUAUUUGGGUUGCUCCAAAGCUUACCAUCCUCACAAGGUACACAGGGCGGCGUCUUGACCAAAGUUACGGUGUUUUUGGGAGUCUAAUAACCGUGAAUCAAUCAGUCAUUUGACAAGAAAACUCAACAAGACAAAGAAAAAGCAAACUGAACUUGGGCAUUAGUUGAUUACACAAACAGCAACAGCACGCUGACUUCCGAGAAAAAUCCCUUAGCAAGGAAAGUGUCAGGCCAUUAAUAACAGCCAAGCAACCUCCUCUUCCUUUCGUAAAAAUUGGGCCGGUGAAAUAUGAAUAACACAACUGAGCACAAUUUUACCAUAGACUUGGAGAAACAACUUUUUCUGGCCUAUUACGUCAUUUUGAUCGUUUUUACAGUAGCGGGAAACACACUGGUUUGUGUAGCCAUCUAUGUCGACGUGCGCCUGCGCAGUCCCACCAACUGGUUCAUUGCGUCACUGGCGGUCAGCGACUUGUUUUACGGGCUCGCUGGCCUACCAUUCCGAAUUGCGUCGAAUGUGACGCCGAUGACGAGCGUUGCGGUGUGUUCAGCCUGGAUCUGGAUGGACAUGGUGUGCGCUGCCGCCUCUAUGGCAAAUCUAGCGGUGAUAUCCGUGGACAGAUACAUGAAAAUAACCAAGCCGUUCUGUUACCAUAGAAACAUGACCAAGAAACGUUCUCUGCUGGCUAUAUGUGGAGUGUGGGUGUACGCAGUCACUUUGGCUACAUUCGCGAUCAUUAAGUGGCCCGGGGCAAAAGGAGUGGUCAUCGACCAUGACCACGGCCUUUGCCGCAACGACAACAAAGUGUUCUACACGGUAGCUAACAUAGUGGCUUUCCUGUCGCCGCUUGUUGUGGUCAUCGCUAGUUACUCCCUGAUCUUCCGCACCGCAUUAAUACAGUUCAACAAAAUGAAACACUUGAUUGUCAGCACUAGCACUAAAGAAGACAGGCGGAAGCAGAAGAGCGUAGUACGGGACUUCAAAGCCACCAAGACGUUAGCUGUGGUGCUCGGUACGUUCACCGUCUGCUGGGCGCCGUUUUUCAUUAUGUUCACAAUUUCUCAAUACGAUCCGUCUUACCUGAUGCACCUUCCGAAAGACGUUGCCAUGGCGUUCAUUUACCUGUUUUUCUUGAUUUUACCAAACCUUAACAGUGCUUGCAAUCCCGUGAUUUACGCGUACUUUAACGCCGAAUUUCGGCGCUCGUUUAGAAAGAUCAUGUGGUCUUCUUGUGAUGGACAAAACCAGGACAGCCUUAAAAAAAGAAGACGAAGUUCAGUAACGAGCUUUUUUCAAAUGACUUUCGCUCGACGCAACAGCCCUCAAGCGGUCGGAAACGACGACAAGAAUCACAACUCUCCCGACGAUGAGAAGGCUUUCCUCAAUGGGGACACCACAAUUACGCAAGUGUGAAGUGGCACCACGGACGGUCACGCAGUAAUUGCUUGAAGUGUAACGCACCAACGCGAACGGUCACGCAUGUACCAACAAUUUUUCAGUCAAGGGUAACGCAAUACAAGGAACAGUUAUACAGGAAUUACUAGACGUGUAACGCAACACCUCAAACGGUUACACAAUCAGCAUUUUCCAUUCGACAAAAAAUUCUGGUUUGACUUAACGGAAAUUUCCAGUGACAAAUGACACAAGAUUUUCCAGAAUUUCCGGAAAAGAGGACAACCUCGCGAGGUAUACCAAAAUUUUUGGUAAUUUCUUACCGGGAAUUUCUGUUCCUAGAAACUUAACCAGAAAAUUUCCGUACAAUUU